AUGGCACCUGGCACUCGUCGCGCUAAUCGCGCUGGCUAUGCCGAGCAUGAUGACUUUGAAGGCCUCCCGGUCAGGCAAUGGCGCCAGGAAUGGGUCAACGUCGCACCCCCGGUCGAACAGGAGCCUCAGCAGCUGAACGACGUCUGGGCAAUCGAGCUGAUACACGGUAUGCCAAAGGACGCCGGCCUCUUGACGCCGCAUAGCCAAGAGCUUCUUCGUGCGGCUCGAUCUGGGCGACUGUACAAGCGUCCUGCACCCACAGACGAAGACGAGGCCGAGGCAGACAACAACGCCAACGAAAAGCCCGAAAAGAAAGAAGAGGAGGCCGCGCCAAAGGGCUACUCUAUUAAGAUAUGGAAGCAGGUCCCCAGGAACGUAGAAGCUUCAAACAUCUCGCGUCUUGCCAAGCGACGGAAGAAUACCGUCACGAUCGCCAGCAAGACCCCAGAAGACAGGGCGCAUGGGUCGACUGUUACGAGAGCCACAGUGCGGCGUGUCGAUGCCGCCGGCAACCCGUACACUGAAGAGGUUACGCUCGCCGACGGCCAGGCCGUGAAUGGCGAAAUCAUUUCUACGCGCGUCGAGACGGUGCAGACCCCUGCGGCGCCUCUCGCCCAGAUUCAGAACCAGCGCCGACGACCUCCCCCACCGAAACGUAAGACCAAGGCUGGUCCUGGUCGCGGCAAGAAGAAGAACAGGGGUGGCAUCGCAGGCGGACCUCCGCAUGCAAUUGUUGCCAAUGGCAAUGGUGUCGCAAUGCCCAACCAGCCUACGACGACAGAAAAUGGUACUACGAAUGAAAACAAUGACGCCUCCAAUCGUGACAGCGAAAUGGCAGACGGCGACGAGGAUGAAAGCGAUGAUGGUGAUGAGGGCGAUGAUGAUGACGACGAGCACGGCGACAGCGACCUUCCGGAUACGAGCAUUGUUGAAGGGUCAAAAGACAAUGACGAGACCAUGACCGACGCUCCUCCCGUUCCUGUCGAGGUGAAGGAGAUGGUCGCCGAUGCAGCGGCGGCCGACAAGUUGCCCACCAAUCCGAUGACAUUACCACCACCGCUCGCCUCGCUUGCCAGCGAUUCAUCAUCAAAGGUCGAAGGUAGCCCUUUGAAGAACGUUCUUGUACCAUCGCCGACGGAAGCCAAGGCGCCAGAAAUACCCAGAAAUCUUCUCGCGCAGCCAUUGGACAUCGAGACCGGUUCGACCAUAGCCGAGCCCCCCUCUACCAUUGUCGGUGAAGAGCCCGAGGCGGCGGAGAACCGGGAUCUUGAGCUCGCGCCGACGUCAUCAGAGGCCCUGCUUCCUCCUCCACCCGAGCAAGUUGGCAACAUUGCUACUCCCAAGGCCGACGACACCUCGUCGCGGGUUUCCGACAAUGAGUACAAGAGCAAGGAAUCAGAGCACACGAGCACCGAAAAGUCCUUUCAGCAUCAAGAUUCCAUCAUGACGGAAGACACCAUCAAGCCCGAAGACUCGGCGUCGGUGCGAUUCCCGCUCACAGAGUCCGGCGCGCCCUCGGAGGUUGGCACUGCGUCAGUCGACGAGACCAAGGAACCCGCUCCCGCGCCAGCCUCUGGUCCGAUGGAGAUUGAAAGCCAGGCUGCACCAGCGCCUGCCCUCCCUGUUCCCCACGAGCUUGCUUCAGAGAUUCAGCCGGAACGCGAGCCCUCUGCCCCGGAAGAGCCCAAGGAGGUCGAAGAACCGAAGCACGAGGAACUGAAGCACGAGGAACUGGCGCACGAAGAACAGCCAGCACCAUCGUCCGCAGUUGUGAAUGAGCCUGAACCUCAAAGUACACUCGAAGCGGCUCCUCCAGCGACACCGUCGCCGUUGCCAGUUGUCGCCGCGCCUGCCGAGCCAGAACCGCAGCCUGAGCCUGAAGCCAAGGAAGAGUCCCCCAAGCCACCGGGUCCGUCGCCCGGCGCCGAACCAGCCGGCGAAGAGAGACUUGCAGAGGCACCAACACCGCAGCCUGUGGAACCCAGUGCAGGCAGUGCACCGGACGAGCCCAGAGCUGCUGAGCCAGAGCCUGUCGCGGAGCCUGUCGCGAAGCCUGUCGCGGAGCACAUCGCAGAGCCUGUCGCGGAGCCCGUCAGGGAGCCAAUCAUCUUGGAGCCCAUUAUCAUGGAGCCUAUCGUCUUGGAGCCUAUCGACAUGGAGCCUAUCGUCGCUGAGCCUGCCGAGCCUGCCGUCACGGAGCCUGCCGUCACGGAACCUGUCGCGGAGCCUGUCGCAGAGCCUGUCGCAGAGUCUGCAGCUGCUGCAGAGGCCGAGCCAACAGCCUUAGAACCGAGGAAGGAAGACGAUACCACUGAUGUGUGA